AUGGCGGGUCUGUCUUUUUCUCCGGAGCCGCCGCCGCCUCCUCCUCCUCCACUCCCCGCCGCAGAGCUCCCGCAGUGGCACAGGUACCCUCCGCCCGGAGCAUGGGGAGGCGCGGGGAAAGGGCAGGAGCUGCCCUGCGAGGGGAGGGCAUCCCUGUCCCCAGUGUCCUCUAGCCGGCUGGAAAGGGCUAAGUCAGCCUGCUACACGGGCUCUCUGACUAAAGAAGCUGAGGCAACUGUUGCUACAGACUGGAAAAAAAAAUUGACUCCAGAGCAAUUCUAUGUUACCAGAGAAAAAGGAACUGAACCGCCAUUUAGUGGGAUCUAUCUGAAUAACACAGAAUCGGGAAUAUACUACUGCGUGUGCUGCAACGCCCCACUGUUCAGCUCGGAAAAGAAGUACAAUUCUGGGACUGGAUGGCCGUCGUUUUCUGAGGCUUAUGGUACUUGUGGCAGAGAUGAAAGUAAUACCAAUAUCAUGAGACGACCCAAUAACUCGCUGGGAUCAACUAGAACUGAAGUGAUCUGCAAACAGUGUGACGCCCAUCUAGGCCAUGUGUUUGAUGAUGGUCCAACACCUUCUGGGCAGAGGUUCUGUAUCAACAGUGUUUCAUUAAACUUCAAAUCAGGCUCUG